UCCUUGCCGUUCGAGGGCGAGAAGUUCUCACCGCAGUGCGCGGACCCCAACAGACGGCCGGACAUGCCGGAGACGGGACUGAUCGAUCCGGAGGAGGUCCGCCUCGUCUACGUUAUCCUCGCUCACGACGCGCCGGCUCAGAUUGUUCGGCUUGUGGACGCACUAGACGAUACCCCCGGGCGUGACCGUACGUGGUUCGUGAUCCACAUCGACGCCAAGGCGGACGACGUGCAGCAGGAGAUCAAGAAGGUCUUCAUCGACCGGCCGAACGUCAUCAUCAUGGAAGAGGGCAGGCUGGACGUAGCCUGGGGGGGGUUCAACGUGGUUCAGGCGUCUCUGAACGCGGUGUCCCUGGCCCUGGAGAGAGAGAUACCGUUCCACUGGCUGUGGAUACUGAGCGGGACGACCUACCCGAUCGUGUCCAACGACGCCAUCCGCGGAAAGCUGUCUUCGCACCACCCGGAGUCGAUCUUCAUGGAGGUGAAACCGUCGGUGCACAAGCCAGCGUCCACGACGUGGCACUACUUCGUCGAGUGCGACUCGGCCCUCCACCGCAUCGGUCGCAACCUCAUCCCGAGGGGCCUCGACAUGUACGUCGGGUCGCAGUGGCUGGCAAUGCCCCCUUCCGUCGCCCGGUGGCUCAUGGAGGACACGGGCCUGGUGCCCAAGUACCGCGAGUACGCCAAGCACAUCGUCGUUGCGGACGAGAACUUCCUGCCCACCGUGAUCAAGAACUCUCCCUUCUGCGGCAACCUCGUGUCCUCCAACCUCGUCCACGUGCAGUUCGACAAGUACGAGCACACGUUGGACAGGGAGGAUCGGCGAGCGGACAAGUGCCUCAUGCCCAACCCGGACCACUGCGGCCGCUCGCCCGCCACGAUGACGGUGGACUACCUCUCCGUUCUCGAGCACAGCUCCAUGCUGUUCGCGAGAAAAUUCGACCCGAAGGACUCCCAGGUCUUCGACGUUCUCGACAUGGUCCGCGACGGCGGCCAGGCCUGGAGGGAGGGCCCCACCUUCGACUACAUCUCCAUCCGAUCGCCGAUCAUCCAUUCGUCGAGCGCGGGGGCGGACGAGCACUUGUGUCUGAGUGUCGGGCCCCCACCGCCGAAGCAGCCGGGGAGCCCUCCAAACACAGAGGCGGUGAUGGUCAAGUGCUCCGGCGCGGACCCUCGUCAGAUCUUUAAGCUGGGGCCCUGCAGUUCUGAUGGUGACCUGGAGCUAGGAGAAGGGGGAAAUGGGUACAUGAAGUCGGCGCGGGGGAGCAUGUCGGGACGUGCUCCGUCGUGCUCCAUCAUGAGCUUGGUGGGGUCUUGCCUGGACUUGUUGGGUGAGGCAAAGGGGUACGGGGCUCCCGCUAUCGCGUACAAGUGUCACAACCGGUGGAACCAGUUCUUCAGCUUCGGGGAGGGUGAGCUGGAGGGACACUUGCUGUCCAUUGUACCUCGUCACCUCCACAUGGCGGAUGAUCUCACGGAGGGCGCGCUUUGUCUCGAGAGCGUGGACGAGGGUUCCGGAGGCAUCGUCAUCAAGACGGCCGAGUGCUCGCCGGACAGACCCGCGCAGAAGUUCAGCCUGGUUCAGGUGCAGCCUCCCCCUCGGGCAGAAACGAAACACAAGACGAGGAUGGCUGCAACCACGUGAGGCGAAGGUUCUGCUGUUUGUGAUGAUGCUGCUCGACGAACUUUGACGUGAGAGAGCCCGUGCAUUUUCCCCUGGAAGCGUCAUCUGUCCACACCGUGUCGCUCUCUACGAACCAGACCCCGGCCCAAGCAGAGGAGUGAAGACGCCAUGAUGCACCUUACCUUAUCGAUAGUAGUUUUUGUCAACCAUUUCUUGUUUUUUUGUGUCUUCUGGGGACCACAUGAUGACCUCCAUUCGUUCGAGUGGAGUCGACUGGAAAUGGCGUUCGUGCGCUGUGGUCUUCAUCGGCUAGUGUCGACGUACGUACGUAAGUAGUGUAGGUGUGCGAUUAAUUUCGAAGAUGUUACGAGUCACGUCGUGGUUGUUCUCGGCGGCAAGACCCGGCAGGUGCGCAGUAUUGAUGGGUUUGCGCCUCCUUUCCGCGUGCACACCUAAAAUCAGGACUGUUUUCCUUGGAUUGCGGGCCAGAUCCCUCGUGCGGAACAUAUUUUGCGCGUGUGGGUGUGGAGGCUCUGUUGUUGUUGUUGUUGUUGUUGUUGUUUUUUCGCUCGUUGGCGUUGGUGGGGGGAACCUGUGUCUCUGUUUUUGGGUUUUUGUCUAGCCUUGCCAACCCCCCUUACCCAAACCUUGGGGGCAGACGCGGAAACUGCUGUUCUUGCGAUGACGUGUGUAUAUCGCGCUGCCGUGAUUGCGUGUCGACGAGUGUGUGCGUUCCACGUCUACACAGACAGUACACCAGAGCAGGGAGUGGGCCAUCGCCAUUCACAAACGUUGGUCGAUGUUGGGGGAAUUUGACGAGCUAAUUUUUUUUCGUUGUCUCGAGUUCUCCGGAAGACCCAAUUGGAGACGAGAGAGCCCCAGGAACAAACGAAGAAAGGUUUGAGACACGGUGGCCCCACGGGUCCUGGUCGUUGGCGGCCUGCCCUUCCCUCGGCGAUUCGAUCUUGUUAUUUUAUGCUGUGUUAAAGAGGCCUGUGAUUUGAUGCCAGCAACAUAAAAUUAUCCUUGAUGCGCUGAAAAUCGCAAUCAGCAUCUAUCUGGAGAACGCGAGUUUCAAGUUGCUGAUGGCGCAAACCAGGCCAUUUAACGCGAUUGAUUGUGUAGAUCAGAUGCUGAUGCCCAUUCUUGAUCCGCAUCACCAUC